CAGUUCCCUAAGCUACCUGGGUAAGGCCCAAAAUGGCUUCUCUUAGUGUCAAUGUCGUGUGAGUCCCGCCUGGGACUGUAACCUGUGUCUUGUCUUUGACAUUCACACCUGUUUCCCCCUUUUCCGGCUGGUUUGCUUUCCCUGCUGAGGUGAACAGGCUAGAGUAAUGGCAGGGCUUGUCCCUUGGGCGGCAAGUAGGAGACUAUGGGGCUGGAUGACCUCAACAUGCAGAAGCUUCUCUCUGGGUGUUCCACUAUCGGCCUAUGUAAGGCUUACUCUUCCGCCUCCCAAAGUGGUUGAUCGCUGGAACGAGAAGAGGGCUCUGUUUGGUGUAUACGACAACAUUGGAAUCCUGGGGAAUUUCGAAAAGCAUCCAAAAGAACUGAUCAGGGGCCCAGUAUGGCUUCGAGGCUGGAGAGGAAAUGAAUUGCAGCGUUGUAUCCGAAAGAAGAAAAUGGUGGGAAGCAGAAUGUUCAUCGAGGACCUGCACAACCUUAACAAACGGAUCAGAUAUCUCUACAAACACUUUAACCGACGUGGGAAGUACAGAUAGGACAGGGAGCUGGAGAGAUAUGUUUGUCAUCCUGGAGAAGGGAGCAGGACUGAUCCCAGCAAGGAAAGAGCUUUGUGUGCUCUCUGUAAUAAAGAUGGGCUUCUUUGGAAUCUGAUAUGCACAGUGCAAUAUCUACUCAUUCAUGCACAUCCCUAAGUCACAUGAUCUUUUGUUAAGAUUACUUAUGAUGGUUUAUUGCUGGCACUUUCUGACACUGGCCCUUCAUGUGUGUUUUUAAAGAUUUGUUUUUGUUUUUUUGUAAUCUUGGCGAUGAAUCCAGGGGCUUGCUCAUUCUAGAGAAAUGCUCUGCCCCCAGCUGCACGGGCCCUUGGAAGUGUAGCUGUUGUUCCUAAAGACUCCGCCACACCAAAAUAAAUUGGGAAAGUGAAAUUACACUUUGUACUGCUCUCAUCAGAAUAAACUAGGGAACCUUUCUGAGUAGAAUAGCAUUUCCCAUUCUCUUGAGAGCAGUACUGGGGAUGAUAAUCUUGGGCCACGCCCAGUUUUAUGAAGUGUAAAAGAUCACACCCAGAUUGCCCUUGUGCUAGGCAAGCACUCGACCAACUGAGCACCCCAUUUAAAAACAAAAUGAGAGGAGUUGGAAGGGAAUAUGGUCUCAGUAAAUAACUCUGCUCUGGAGCUUACUCUAUAGAACAGGCUGCCUUAUGUCUCAGAGAUGGACCUGCCUCUGUCCUGAGUGCUGAGAUAAAUGUGUGUACCACUACACCUGGCCCUUUCUCAGCUUUUUAAUAGAAAUGUCAAGUGUCAUGGGAGAGUACACAUGGGAGAGGAAGCUGAAUUUGUCACCAGAGUCUCCUCCCAAGCUACAGAGGCUGAUGAAAAGAGAUGAAAUGAAUCUUGGUCUUCAUGUGUAGUUACUUUUAAUUUGCUUUCUAGAUACAAGGUCUCCUGUAGCUCAGACCGACCUGGGACUUCCUACAUAGCAGAGGCUAAAUGUGUACUCCUGACCCUCCAGUCUCCACCUCCCAAUGCUGGGAUUACAGGUGUCUGCUACCAUGCUGAGGUUGUUUGUUUGGGUUUUUUUUUAGAAAAGAAAAAUGUCAUUUAAUAAAGAUAUUCUAAUAGAGGCUUAAGCACCAGGGCUAUGAGAGAGAUGCUCAGAUGAAAUAAAACACUUGAAAGCAUGA